CUGAUAGACGCAUCGACCACCUCAUGGCAGCUUUCAACCUCACCCCCUCUGACCCUUCAACAUUCAUCCUAAUGGGCAUCCCUGGCCUGGAAGCUGCCCAUGUCCUAAUUUCCAUCCCUUUGUCUAUGUUCUACAUUAUCAGCCUGUUGGGAAAUUUCACUGUUCUGUAUGUUGUAGGGAAAGAGCAGACCCUGCACAAGCCGAUGUACCUGCUGAUCUGCAUGCUGGCGCUCACAGACAUCGGCACAUCUACCUCUGUCAUGCCAAAAGCCCUGUGUAUAUUUUGGUUCAAUUUGAAAGGCAUUACUGUGGGUGGCUGCCUCACCCAGAUGUUCUUCCUUCAUGCCGUUUCUGUUAUGCACUCAGCCGUCCUCGUGACAAUGGCCUUCGAUCGCUACAUUGCCAUAUGUAACCCUCUGAGAUAUGCCACCAUCCUCACCAAUGCACGAAUAGCUAAGCUAGGGCUCGUGGGUUUGAUAAGAGCUGUUGUCUUCGUUCUACCUGCACCCCUGCUCCUGAGCAGGCAGCCAUUCUGUGCCAACCGCAUUAUCCCCCACACGCACUGCGACCACAUAGCUGUGGCGAAGAUGUCGUGUGGGGACAUCACAGUCAACAGGACUUACUGCUUGGUGAUAUUGUUUGUAAUCAUGGGGUUAGACCUAACACUCAUUGCCCUGUCCUAUGGUCUUAUCAUUAAGGCCGUCCUCAGAAUCUCCCAUAAGGAAGCCCACCAGAAAGCUCUCAAUACCUGCACAGGCCACAUCUGUGUGAUGCUGACAUCUUAUACUCCCUUGCUCUUCUCUAGCCUGACAUAUGAGUUCGGUCAGGGUAUCGCUCCCCAUGUUCACAUCAUCUUGGCCAACCUCUAUUUCCUCAUUCCCCCCAUGCUCAACCCUGUCAUUUAUGGGGUCAAAACCAAAGAGCUUCGUGACAAAGUGGUCAAAUACAUCUGCAGAAUGUGAUCACCAGGAGCCAUUGACUUUAAUCCUGUCUGACAAGAGGGGAAAAGGAGAUCUCCUCAUUAAUCAAGAGUACUCUGCCCCAGUUUGGCUGAGCUCAGGAUUGUGGAAAAGUUCACAGUCUAAGAAGUUCCU